AUGUCUUCAAGUCCGGACACUGCAUCUAAGGAUGCUUCUCCUCUAAUAUUCAAACCAUUGGCCAUCUGUGGCAUGUCAACACGCCUCCCUGGCGGAAUCAGCUCUCCGGAAGAUCUCUGGGAAUUCUUGUUGGACAAGCGAGAUGCAUGUGCUAGGAUUCCACCCUCACGAUGGGCCACGCAUGGGCCACAGGGAAACUCUCCGGGUCAAGAUGUAGAGAGUACCGACAUCCCGGACACGCCACACUGGAAAACCCACUCGUAUAUGUUGAACGAUAUCGACAUUGGGGCCUUUGACGCUGGCCUCUUUUCGAUGACACGAGCCGAGUUGGGCAUGGUAGAUCCUCAGCAACGGCUUCUUCUAGAGAUCACUCGUGAAUGUCUCGAGAGCGCUGGGGAGAUGCAAUGGAGGGGCAAAGACAUAGGAGUGUACAUCGGUACAUUAGGAGAAGACUGGAACGACGUGCAAUAUCACGACCGGCAUGAUUUGCAUACAUACAAGGUCACCGGGACGGGAGAUUUUGUACUGUCCAAUAGAAUCUCCUAUGAGUACGAUCUCCGGGGACCCAGCCUGACAGUGAGGACAGCUUGCUCUUCAUCUUUAUACGGCCUGGAUCUGGCCUGUCAGGCGAUUCACUCAGGCCAGGCAUCCAGCGCCCUAGUUGGUGGUGUAAACCUAAUGACAAAUCCUGCCAAAACCGAGACAAUGAUGCACUUCGGAGUACUCAGCAAAGGUGUCUCGUCCAAGUCAUUUGAUGCCGACGCUGACGGUUAUGCCCGCGGGGAAGCCGUGUCCAUGAUCUAUAUCAAGAGGCUAGAGGACGCGAUUCGCGAUGGCAACCCAAUUAGAGCUGUGAUCCGAUCCGCGGUAAGUAAUGCAGAUGGGAAGACCUCAGGCCUAACGAAACCAAGCGGUGCAAUCCAUGAAUCUCUCAUACGCUCCGCAUAUCGUGCUGCCGGUCUUGAAAGAGAGAUAGGGCGUACAGGGUUCUUCGAGUGCCACGCGACUGGUACCUCGAGUGGAGAUCCCCAGGAAGCUGGCGCGGUCGGCAGAAUCUUUAAAGCCCACGGCGGUAUUUACAUGGGAUCUAUAAAGCCUAACCUCGGCCAUGCCGAAGGUGCCUCGGGACUUAGUUCGCUGAUGAAGUGCGUUAUGGCCUUGGAAAACAGGACGAUACCACCCAACAUCAAGCUGAAUAAACCUAAUCCGAACAUACCGUUUAAAAGGGCUGGUCUGCGUGUUCCCCUGGACGCCCUCCCGUGGCCAGAGGACCGCUGCGAACGCGCGAGCAUCAACUCAUUUGGCGUUGGGGGAUCCAACUCUCAUGUCAUUCUCGAAUCUGUCGCCUCUUUUGGGGUGCCAUCGAGUGCUUCUGUGACCUCAAACGGGGUUCGUCCUACCACAAAUGGAGUUCAUUCUGCCACAAAUGGAGUUCAUUCUGCCACAAAUGGAGUUCAUCCUGCUGCAAAUGGCGUUCAUCCCACCACGAACGGCCAUUCUAAAACCAAUGGAACACACGCUACUAUUGAUGGAGAACAUACUCCGGCUGACGGAAGUUUUGCUGUUACAAACGGGGCAACUGUUGGGAAGAAUGUCCAAACCAAAGCUCAGCGACUUGUACCGUUCACGGCAAAUGAUGCCGAUUCAGCCCGCCAAGGCGCCGUCAAGCUCAGCAGCUUCCUUGCCAGCCACCCGGACCAGUUAGAUGAUGCCGCCUACACGAUUGGGAUGCGGAGGCAACAUUUUCCAUAUCGUUCUUUUGCUGUGAUGAACAAGGAAGAUGCUGCCGGCAAGGUGACGUUUUCAGCCCCUGUACGAGCCUCCUCAAUGCAACGCACAGUUGUAUUUGUCUUUACCGGACAAGGGUCCCAGUGGCCCACGAUGGGGUCCGCACUGCUCUCGGACUAUCACACAGCCAUGGAGGAUGUUCUGCAUAUGGACAAGGCGCUGGCUUCACUAGGCCAAGAUGUCGCCCCUACGUGGACUCUGGCAGAGCAACUGAGGCUGCCCAAGGAGACUAGUCAAGUAUACAAGGCAGACUUCUCCCAGCCCCUGUGUACAGCUAUCCAAAUCAUCAUAGUCAAUCUUCUGCGGAGCUGGGGCAUCGAAUGCGCCGCCGUCAUCGGGCAUUCUAGUGGGGAGAUCGCGGCCACCUACGCGGCUGGGGCUCUGAGCAUGGACGAAGCCAUCAUCUGUGCCUAUUUGCGUGGAAGAGCCACGGUCAAGUACCGGACCAAGAUGCCACAAGGAGGAGGCGGUAUGGCGGCUAUUGGUCUUGGGUCGAAGCAAGUUCAGAAAUACUUGGUUGAUGGGGUUGUGGUCGCUUGUGAAAACAGUCCGUUGAGCACCACGAUAUCAGGAGAUAAUGACAAGUUGACCGAGGUCCUUGAUGCCAUUAAAAAGGACCAACCCGAUGUGUUCGCUAGGUGCCUCGCGGUAGAUAUGGCCUACCACUCUCAUCAUAUGAAGCUGAUUGGCUCGGAUUAUGAGAAGGAUCUUGCACCACACAUACAGAGCAAAUGGCCAUUAGUUAAGUUCCUUUCUACAGUUACCAAUGAAGUGAUAGAUGUAGACGGUGCGCUCGGUGCUGCAUACUGGCGAUCUAAUCUGGAAUCUCCUGUCCUCUUCAACACAGGACUGAAAACUCUUCUGCAGCAGACGGGAGGCAAUACCGUCUUGAUCGAAAUAGGACCGCACUCUGCACUUUCAGGGCCCAUCCGACAGAUACUCAAUGAAACAUACAGCAAAUCGCCCCCUCUAUACGUUCCUACACUGAUUCGCUCCGAGAACGAAAGCAAGGCACUGCUCAACACGGCUGGUCAGCUCUUCUGUCAAGGCCAGAGGCUACGCUUCGAUGCCAUCAACCCCACCGGCCAUGUUCUCCCCACAUUGCCCACCUACCCGUGGAAUCACAGUACUAGUUACUGGUACGAGAGCCGCGUUUCGCGUGAGUAUCGGGGUCGUCGCUAUGCCCACCACCCCAUCAUCGGUAGCCGAGUGGCCGAAGCCAGUUCAUUGGAGCCUCUCUGGCGCAACUGGCUCCGGAUCGAGGACAUCGAAUGGUGUCAGGACCAUAGGAUUGGUAGUGAUGUCGUGUUUCCGGGAACUGGUUAUCUGGCAAUGGCAGGCGAGGCCUUGCGACAACUCUGCCCAGAGGCUAAAGAUAUCUCUUUCCGGCAGGUGACCAUUUUGUCGGCGCUGGUUCUGGGAGGAACCGAGGCUACGGAAACUCUUCUGUCAAUGCGUCGGCACAAGGUAACCAACCUCCUAGACUCGGCAUGGUGGGAAUUCAGCAUCUCGUCCUACAACGAGACAUCGCAGCUGUGGAACAAGCACGCUUUCGGCCAGGUCCGAGACGGCAGAAACGAGAGCGACGAUGGUCGUGAUCAGACUAUCGUCCACCUUCCACAUGAGGUUGAGUCGGGAUACUGGUACAACACAAUGCGAAGCGUGGGACAAAACUACGGACCGCGAUUCCAGAGGCUCGAUCGCAUUUCAACCCAUCUUCUCGACAACAAGGCUGUGGCCGACCUCAAACCAGACGAGACGGACCCUAACUACCUGUUCUUGCACCCGGCGACUUCAGAUGCCUGUAUGCAGCUCUUCUCGGCCGCCAUGGCUCACGGCCAGGCCCGUUCCUUGCACGUGAAGGCGGUUCCCACGUACAUUGGCGAGGCUUACUUCAAGAAGAUGAGUGCCCACAACGGGAGCAAGAUAACGGUCGGAGCAUCUAUCAACAACCAGAUACCCGGAUCGCCAAUGGUUGGCACUUGUGUUGCAGUAGACGCGGCUAACGCGGUGGUGCUCCGCCUCAAGGAUGUGAAACUGACACCACUGGAUGAGGGGGACAAUGAUGCCAUAACUCAGCAACAACAGCAACAACAGGUCCCCAAUGGCAGCCAGGAUCCUCAUGCCGGUGCCCGGCUACGGUGGCGGCCCGACUUUGACUUUCAAGAUGCCAGCCAACUCAUACGAUCCCAAUCCGCCUCAAACGGCAUGGCUGUACGAAAGCAAGCUUACUACGUUCUCCAGAAACUUUUGCUCUUGUGCUGCUUAACGGCCCAAUACCAAUAUGUGCAGAUUCAACCCUCUAAGCCAUAUUUGGCUGAGUUCCAGAAGUGGAUGACUCAACAAGCGAGUCAAGUUAGGGAUGCAUGUGUCCAGGUCGGGGAUAGAGACGAUGACAUUGUAUACCCGCUGGUGAAGCGCCGUGAAUCAGAGGAAUUUCUCGGGCUUAAUGAGGAACAGCGGGCUACUCUUAUUAAAGAAUUGGUUGAAAAUCUGCGUGAGACAGAAUAUGGCCAUGUCGGCAAACUCAUUCACCGGGUAUACCUUGGCCUCGGGGACUUGUUGAAUGGUCGCCGCGAUGGUCUAGAGAUUCUCCGCCAGGAAGAAAAAGAACAAGGUGUUGACCAUGAGGGAGGCGAGGAAGAGGAAGACCCGUUCACGAGCAUCUAUAACAUCAGCAACCAAGGAUGGAACUACGCUCCUUUCCUCGAGCUCCUGAGCCACCGCACUCCCCAUCUCCGAAUCCUGGAGAUCGGCGCCGGCACGGGCGGUACUACAGAUCUGAUUCUCCGCCAGCUUGAUCGUGGUGCUGGAGAAAACAGCAUGAGCACAGCCUUCUACUCGUACACAUACACGGAUGUGUCGGCGGGUUUCUUCCCCGCGGCGAUGCGACGAUUCCCUCGCCAUCGCUAUCCCAACAUACGCUUCCAAACUCUAGAUAUUACCUCGGAUCCCGUGACUCAAGGCUUUGCACCCGCAUCAUUCGACCUCAUCAUAGCAGCCAAUGUCCUCCACGCCACGCCAGAGCUCGGCCGCACCCUGUCCCACGUGCGGAAGCUUCUACGUCCAGACGGCCGGCUUCUACUACAGGAGAUCAGCAUGGAGGCCCGUUGGGUCAACCUUAUCAUGGGCGUUCUGCCUGGAUGGUGGCUUGGCGGCGACGAUGGACGCAAGGAGGAGCCGUAUGUGGCUCCAGCGCGAUGGGCCGAAGAGCUACGCAAAGUCGGCUUCUCGAACACUUCGAUCGUUCUGGACGUGGACGAAGAGCCGUUCCAGGCCAACGCCACUAUCGUCGCGGCUCCUGCUGAGCCUGAUGUCCUGCAUGCCAAUGGCGACUUGACGUCCUCUGUCUCCCUGCUUUGCCGACAACCAGACGGCGACGUGGCCAAAAGAGCAUCCGACGCGUUGCAGAAACUAGGGCUGCACGUCGAUGUCAUUAAUCUUUCAGAUACGCCACGCGGCAAAACGGUGAUAUCCAUCCUGGAUAUUGAAGAGGAGAAGAAGGCCUUCAUCCGGGACGACACGCCCGCGGAAGCAUACAGCCAGGUUCGAGACUUUAUAUCCACCAAGAUCACGCCUCCAGAAGCCGGUGGCUGCUUGCUAUGGCUGACGAGGCCGAGCCAACUGCAUUGCACCGACCCGCAGUAUGCCGCCAUCGUAGGCUUGUUGCGCGUGGUUCGCAAUGAAACUGGGCUCGCCCUCUGUACACUGGAGAUGGAGCAGGAAGAAGGUGAUUCGGAUGCGUCCUGGAAGUCUGUCGUCGAUGUGUAUCACAAGAUCCUGCGUACUCGUAGCAGCACGCAACCCCAGGAUGACAUGGCGAGCCCAGACUGCGAGUUUGCUUACCGCCGGGGCAGCAUCUACCUUCCACGCUUCCAUUGGGUUUCUGUGUCCGAUGAACUGGUCGCUGCCGACCUCCAGAGCCCCAACAAGCCUACCGACAAGGUAAAUGGACAUCUACUAGAACAAGAGCAACAACGGACGUAUAAACUUCUCGAAAUCGGUAAACGCGGCUCACUAGAAUCCCUCCACUGGACAGAAAACCGCCUGCCCCUCCCCUCGGAGCUCGCAUCUGACGAAGUCAUCCUCUCCAUCCGUGCCGUAGGGCUCAAUUUCAAAGACACCCUCACAGCCAUGGGACUGAUCCCCAGCAUCGCCAAAGCUGGAGACGGGUUCGGCGUAGAAUGCUCCGGUGUAGUCCUCGCCGCAGGCCCUCUUGCAUCGGAAACCUUCUCCGUCGGUGACCGCAUCAUGGCCGUCUCGCGGAAUGCAUAUGCCACUGCGACUGUUGUGCGGGCCACAAACUGCGUUCGGAUCCCCGACGAACUGAGCUUCGAGGACGCCGCCACCAUGCCCUGCGUGUAUCCCACUGCCAUCCACGCAAUCAUCAACCUGGCAAGGCUGGAAAAGGGUCAGACGGUACUGAUUCACUCGGCCUGCGGCGCCGUGGGGCUCGCAGCUAUGUACAUCUGCCUCAACGUUGUGGGAGUGCCCAUAUCCGAUAUUUAUGCUACCGCCAGCAGUUCCGAGAAGACUGAGUUCCUGACGUCUACCUUCGGCUUGUCUCCAUCGCACAUCUUCCACUCCCGCAGCGCCGCUUUCCUCCCAGGGAUUCUCCGCGCUACCGAGAACCGUGGCGUAGAUCUUGUGCUUAACUCCCUGUCUGGGCCUCUACUCCACGCGAGCUGGUCAUGCGUCGCAGAAUUCGGGAGUAUGGUGGAGCUAGGGAAGCGCGAUUUUCUAGACGGGGGAAAGCUGGAGAUGGCGCCUUUUGAAGGGAACAGGACUUUCUACGGGCUAGAGCUAGUGCCGAUCAUAGAGCAGAGGACAGCUCUGUUUCGGAAGUUGCUAACUGAUCAGAUGAUGGGGUGGCAUAAGGAAGGGCUGCUGCCCCCUAUUGGGCCAGUGACGAGGUUUGAGGCGGGCGAGGUGGUGAGUGCUAUCAGGAAGAUGCAGAGUGGCAACCAUAUCGGCAAGCUGGUGGUUCGGAUGUCGGAUGAUGGAAGAGGGGAUCAUGGUGAGCUUGUUACAAGUUCUGGAUCGAGGACGAGCACGACAGCAAGUGGAGAAGGAAAGCAGCUGUUCCGGGAAAACGCCACUUAUCUCCUAGUUGGAGGGCUUGGAGGUCUGGGACGGUCCAUCGCUUUCUGGAUGGUGCAGAACGGGGCACGCCACUUUGUGUUCCUGUCCCGCAGCGGAGGAGCCAAGCCAGAGGUUACCGCGCUGGUACGUUCGCUCCAAGGAGCUGGCUGCACAGUCGAGGUUGUGGCCGGAAGUGUCACGAACCUAGACGACGUCUCCCGCGCCUUCGGUCAGGCUCGUCUGCCUGUGGCUGGGGUUCUUCAGCUGUCCAUGGUGUUGCGGGACGGGCUCUUCGCCAAUAUGCCCCACGAAGACUGGGUAGCUGCCACGGGUCCCAAGAUUAAAGGCACCUGGAACCUGUACCACGCCCUCUCAGCUUCUCAGCAGUCGUUGGACUUCUUCGUACUGUUUAGCUCCUUCGCUGGCGUCAUUGGAUCUCGAGGACAGGCUAAUUACAGCGCAGCCAACGUGUUUUUGGACGCGUUUACGCAGUAUGGCCGAAGCCAGGGCCUACCGGUAGCGGUUCUCGAUGUAGGUUCCGUCGCUGACGUUGGCUUCGUGGCCGAGCAGCCGGACUUGCUCAAGUUCUUCAAGACGACAUCUCACCACAUCCUGCGGGAGCAGCACGUGCUGGAUGCUCUGGAAUUGGCUGUUCGUCAACAGCAAUGCUUCCGGAAACCACUGGCCAACGGUGUGGCACCACAUGCGAUCGAGGAUGAAAGCUUCGUGUCCGACGCCCAGCUCGUCCUGGCCCUGCGAUCCACCAUCCCGCUGUCGAUGCCAAACAACCGGAAUGUCUGGACGCGCGACCCCCGCAUGAGCCUGUAUCGCAACCUUGAAGCGGCGGCUGCAGACCAUGAUGACGACGGUGCUAGCAACGACAAGAAGGAAGAGGGAGAGGACGCUGUUGUUCGGAAACUGCUCAACACGAUUGAAACGAACCCGUCUGUCCUCACCGAUGAUGAGACUUUCAUUGUCAGCUUGGCCCGCAGCAUCACAAUUGCGGUCUACAGCUUCAUGAUGAAGCCUUACAUCGAGGACGAGGUGGAUAUGAAGGUGGAGCUCACCGCGCUUGGAUUUGAUUCUCUGGUGGCGAUUGAGCUUCGUAACUGGCUCCGACAGCGUCUGAAGCUUGAAGUGACCGUCUUGGAGAUUAUGCGCAGUGGCAGUCUGAUUGGAUUGGCGAGAUUUGGAGCUCGCAAAUGGUCGUCGGCAGUCUGCCUUGUCACUGGUUCCAACACUGGUAUUGGUAAAGAGAUUGCACAGAUUCUGUACGCAAACAAUGCCAAGGUUUACCUCGCCGCGCGGUCGGAGGAGAAGACACAGAAGGCCAUGGAUAGCAUAAAGGUUGCGGUUCCCAAAAGCACCGGCAGCCUGGAAUUUAUCCGACUUGACCUGGCCGACCUCACAACUAUCAAAAAAUCAGCAGAAGAAUUCCUAGCCAAGGAAAACGAACUACACCUUCUUUUCAACAAUGCAGGUCUAGGAUGGCCCGAGCCCGGCUCUAAGACGGUCCAGGGCCAUGAGCUGCAAAUGGGUGUGAACUGCCUCGGACCCUUCCUAUUCACAAAGUUCCUUACUCCCACUCUCAUUGGAACAGCCAAAAACUCUCCUAAAGAGAGCGUUCGUAUUAUUUGGUCUUCUUCAUCGGCUUGCGAUGGUUUGGUUGUCGAUAAUACGUUUAUGGAUUACGUGGAACACCCUGAGAAAAAGACAGUCCACCAGCUAUAUUGCACAAGCAAGAUCGGCAACUACUUUUACGGUGUAGAGUAUGCGGCUCGCCACAAGGCUGAUGGGGUGAUGUCGAUCUCUUUGAACCCCGGCCAUCUAGAUUCUGACCUCUGGCGCACCCAGGGUGCUCUCAAGCACUGGGUCCUCCGGAAGACUGUUUUGCAUCCAGUCGUUUACGGCGCAUAUACAAACCUCUUUGCAGCAUUUUCCUCCAAGCUGACAAUGGAAAACAAUGGAACGUUUGUGGCUCCCUGGGGGAGAAUAUGGCAGAUGACGUCUGACAAAGUCAAGGCGGUGAUUCCAAAGGAAGAAGGAGGUUUUGGAACUUCGGCUGAAUUUUUGGAUUGGACAGAAGCCCAAGUCAAACCAUACGUUUGA